AUGGCAGGAUACAAGUUGGAUGUACCUGUUGACCUCUCCGAGCAAACUACAGACAAGCUUGAGCUCGCAAAGAAGAUUAUCCAUUUGGUUACGGGCGCAUGUGGCAUCUUGACUAUUGCUGUUGUGGCUCCACUUAUCGCCACAGAAGCACGCUACCUUGGUGCUGGUGUUGCCGGCCCUAAUUACACGUUAUUCGUCGCACUCGUGAGUUUGCCUGUGCCAUUCUUGCUGGUCUACUUUCCCUGGAUGUACGAGAAACACAACAAAUUCAAGCGUCUUGGCAAGUUUUGCUUAAAGAACAGAACAAAUUUGAUCUUUUGUGGUUUCAACACCUUCUUAUGGGCAACUGCUGGUAUCGCCAUCACUGUGCAUUCAAAUAACGCAAGCAAUUGUGCAUUGAAUCCCGAUUUAACUAAAACAUAUGGAGAUGAUUACACUAGUGCAUGGUCUACACAGUGCAAUUUGGCUAAAGUAACUGCUGCAUUUGCUUGGAUCACUUGUAUUUUAUGGUUAGUAACAUUGGCAAUCACUGGCGUCAGUUUCUGGAAGGAAAAGAGUUUGAUCCAGCAAAGAUUGAAUGAGCACCGCUUGAACAAGCAAACCAAAUUGGAGGAGCAACGCCAACAGGACGAGGAAUAUGGUCAUGGUGGAGCUCCAAUGGGCGGGUAUGCUGCUGCGAGUGGUAGAGUCUAUGAUGAGGACGAGGAAGAUCCAUUCUCUGACAGCCACAGACAUCAACAACAGCAACAACAACAACAACAACAACACCAUCAAUCUCCAUUUGUUGACCCCAUGAGUGAUCACUAUGAUGCUUAUAAUCACAAUAGAACAUCUUACACACCAGGCUUUGAUCAGCCUGUUGGCCAAUAUGCUGCUGAUCCUCAUCAACAUCAAGCCUUUUCUCCAAUGCCUACUCCUCAACACAUGCCUCAUCCCGAGCCCUCUUAUAAUCAAAAUCACUUUUAA